GCAGAGCAGAGCAGAACGGAGCUGUAGCUUAGCUAGACUAGAUCGAUAGUUUCGGCAAGCAAGCAGCCCAUCCCUUCCCUUCCCAUGGCGGCGCAGGUGCGCGUGCUCGAGCAGACCCGCGUGGCUCCGCCGCCGUCCACCCCGUCCGCCAUCCUCCCAAUCACCUUCUUCGACGCCGCCUGGCUCUUCACCGGCCCCGUCGAGCGCCUCUUCUUCUACCGCCACCCGGACCCGGCCUCCGCCCUCCCGCUCCUCACCUCCUCCCUCCCCCACGCGCUCCGCCGCUUCUACCCGCUCGCCGGCAACCUCAAUCCCAGCAAGGAGCCGUUCAACUACACCUACUCCCGUGGCGACGACGCCCUCACCUUCGUCGUCGCCGAGUCCCGGACCCCGGGCGAUUUCGACCGCCUGGUCGGGACGGGCCCCAGGGACCUGCGCGAGAUGCACCCGCUCGUGCCGCGGCUGCCCCCGCCGCGGGAGGACGGGGCGUUCGCGCUCGCGGCGGUGCAGGUUACCGUCUUCCCCGGCCGCGGCCUCUGCCUCGGCGUCUCCGUCCACCAUGCCGCCUGCGACGACGCCUCCGCAACGCUCUUCGUCCGGACCUGGGCCGCCGCGUGCCGCCUCGGCGCUAGCAGCCUCGAUGAUUCGCGGGAAUCAGCGCCACCACCGCCGGUGCUCGACCGCUCCCUCGUCGCCGACCCCGACGACCUGCUCGGCAAGACGCUCGCCGGGAUGAAGCAGCUCGCGUCCAACAACUCACCGCCGCCCCCUCCCCCACCGACACCUCUGGAGACCGAGAUGCCGGUGCUCGCGUCCUUCUCGCUGACGCGCGACCAGAUCGCCAGAAUCAAGGACGCGGCGGCUGCUGCUGCGGCAGCACAGGGGGCGCAGCAGCACCUGUCGUCGUUCGUGGCGGCGUCGGCCCUGGCCUGGGUUUCCCUCCUCAAGUCCCGAUCAUCCGUGCCCGGCGCGGAAGAAGAAGGAACCGCGGCGCGCAGCAGCCACAUGCUCUUCUCCGCCGAGUGCCGGUCCAGGCUGACGCCGCCGCUCCCCGCCGAAUACUUCGGCAACUGCCUGAGACCCUGCUUCGUGGAGGCCCCCACGGAGGACCUGCUGCUGCUCCCGUCGAGCGCCGGCGUGGCGGCGGCGGCGUUGGCCAUCGGGACUGCGGUAAGGGAGAUGGAGCGCGGGGUCCUGGAAGGCGCGGAGGGGUGGCUGGGGAAGGUCAUGUCCGUGCUGCCGAUGCGGCCCGUGUCGGUGGCCGGGUCGCCGAGGUACGGCGUGUACGAGACGGAUUUCGGGUGGGGGGAGCCGGUGAGGGUGGAGUUGGUGUCCAUCGAGAAGACGCCCGGGACGGUGUCGCUGGCGGAGAGCCCCGACGGGGACGGCGGCGUGGAGGUCGGCGUCGUGCUGCCGCCGCACGCCAUGGAAGCCUUCGCUUCUUGCUUCCGCAUCUGAUCUGAUAGCUUCGGGCAUCCCCUGUUCUGUUUUUCGGUGCGUGUGGCGCGUGUGUUCCUGUGAAGUUACCCGUUCCAUAUUUGAAACACUCAGCGCGAGUUUGGAAAUUCGCUAGAUUUUCGUCCA